CGAGAAUAUCAAGACAAGACAGCUCACAAUUUUUACCUGAACACCCAACGCCAGAUCAAGAUGAUCGCACAGCAGCAACCGCCUCAGCCCUUGCAAAAGAACGAGCAGGCUGGUGGCUCCUCCCCUUCCAAAACCCCGAAGAGCGCGGGUGAUGCAACCCCCACGGCCGCGGGUGGAUCAUCAGCUGCUCAGACCGGUGGAGGCGCAGCUGCUUCGAAAAAGGUCGAUUUGACGAACUUUACCGAUGACAAACUGCGGGAGCUGAUCGUCAAGGCGUUGGAGAGGACGAAGCGCGCGGAGAAGCAAAUCGAGCAGCUGAAGACGGAAUUGGAGGAAAGCAAGAAAAAUGCAGUUGCUGGCGGUGCAAGAACUGAUGCAACAAGCAAGACCGCCGAAGAAAAGCAAGCCGAAAAAGCCGAAGCCCUGCGGAAGGAAGCCGAGCUUCUUGCGAGUUUGAAGAAGAAACAGGAGGAGGAACUGAAGAGCAUUCUCGACGAAUUUCUCAAAAAGCAAAGCACGGAGAAAGCCGAGUUCGAAGCGAGAUUGAAAAAGCUGAAGCAAUUGAAAUCAUCCGCGGAAGAGGAUUUGAAGCUGCAAGAAAGGGCGAAAAAGCGACGCAAGCUGCAGAAGCAGGUGAAUUUACUUGUGGAGAGGGAGAGGAGUGGCUUGGAAGAAGAGAAGGCGAAAGAGGAGGAGCAGCUGAAAGUUGAAUUGGCAGAACUAGAGAAGGAAUGGGAGGAGAAAGUUAGGGUUCUUGCAAGUAGUGAAGACGCAGCUGGAAACAAGGAAAUCCAAAGCGGUGAACAACAAACUGCUGCUGCUGCUGUCUUGGAGGCCUUGCAAGACAAACUACUCUCCUUGCAGAGCGAGGUCGACAGUUUGAAAAAACAAAAGGAGGCGCUAGAAACCGAGUUAGUAGAGAAGCAGUCUGGCAUCGCGACAUUGGAAGAGGAAAAGAAGUGCAAAAGUGCAGCUGGCGAAACAGAACAAUCGGGACCUCCAGCUGCCCCACCUCCACCACCACCUCCCCUCCACACAACAUCUUCCACAGACAAGAAGGCAGAGGAAAAACUAAACCAGCUCAAAACCGCAAUAAACAAGUUGGCAUUAACCGCGGAGGAAAUUUCAGGGGCGACGGCGGAUUCGCUUCUCGCUUUGUCCAACGAGUACGCCGAUGUAUUGGAGCAAGGUCUCUCUAUUUCCGCAGCUGCGGCGGCCGCUGCAGAAACUACUACAGAAUCCACUGCGUCCACCGGUACUAGAAGUCAACCGCUAGAUUUCGAAUCCGCAUCCGUCCACUCCCUCGAGCAAAAACUUCAAAAAGUCAACGACCAACUCGCGGACCAGGAGGAAAUAACAGCCACGAUUUCUGAUUCCAACAAGGAGUUAAAAGAUAGCCUUAUCACGAGUACCAGCAACGAGCACAAGAAGCUCCUCGCCAAGCACGAACAGGAGCUCACCGACACGGACACGCUGUUGAAGCAACUGGAGUUGGAAAACUUAAAACUCGCCGACCAGCUGAAGUCCAUCGAGACGAAUACGCAUGAGAACAAAUCGAAAAUUUUCUCCGAAUUGGAGGAAGAGAUGAAAGAAAUCAACAGGAAGAGAUUACUUGUCGAAGAGGAGAAAAGACAGCUCACCGCUGAAUUAUCCGACCUCGACGAGAAAAAGCAAAAUCUCAAGGACACCAUGUCGAAGUUGAAGGAAGAAAUGUCGGCGUCAAACCAGAAUUUGGAGCAAAACCAAAAGGAAAUGAACGAAAUGCAGGAGUCUCUGCAAACGGUGUCCAUGCAAAUUGAGCUGACGAAGCAGAAUCUGAAAUCUUUACAGGAGGAAGACAGGUUGGACUUGGAGAUUUUGCAGAAGGAGUGCGGAGACGCCGAGGUGGUGGUCGAGGUGGAUUUUGAAUCUGGGUUGGAACCGGAGCUGGAGAGACUGAUUGAAGAGGCGAAGCAGGGAGAAGAGAGCGGUAGGUCUGUACUGUACGAUGGUUGAGAAUGUGAAUGUGAUGCGUGAUUUUGAUCAAAUUCAGUGUACUUUGUCCUUCAACACUCAGAAUCCCCGCUUGUUUUGAAUCCUUAUUCUAGUACUAACGCCCCUUUCAGAUAUACACUUUCACUUUUUAUUUUUCAAUUUCGCAGGAGCCAGCGGCGCACCCAAAUCCCCCACACGACCACCUUCCGGUAUCAAAUCUCCGAAGCAAAAAACGACGACAACCUGGUCCUACGUCUACCACAGCGGGCGAAGGAAGGGCUACUGGGUCACCCAGGAGACGUUGGAAAGGAGCAAGAUGGCCGCUGGAGACAGCGAUGAUAAAUGUAAAUCAGCGAAACCGAAGAUGUUGACCAAGCGGCUCCACGAAGACUUUGAGUCUGGGUUUAAGAAGCUGCAGGAGGAGGAGAAAACGGCAAAAGAGGUCACGACAAAGACGAAUUCCGAGGUGGACACACUACAGGCAGUAUCAAAUGCAAAAAUGUCUGAGUGUGGAAGAUUGCCAGGUUUGUCAUGCGUAUUUUGCAUGACCCGGGAUGUCUGUAAUGCAUGACCCAGCAGCGCAGAUUUUUAGAGGGCUUCCUGAUGCCUAUUCCGCAUGAGAAAUGGGUUUCACUGUCCACGGGUGGUGUUGCGGGUAAUCCUGGCGAAAGCCAAAAACCGGCAGAAAAUGGGGCCACGGAAGAGCUCUUGCUGGACAUUACCAACAUUUGCCCAUGCAGAGCCGUCCUCUUGCCGGACACAGCCAACAUCUGUCCGAAACAGCCUAGGGCCAAGACGACACCGUGAGGACGACCACAGGGGGUUCGUCUCAAUGAAAUGAAAUGUAGCACAAAUCAGACUCCUCUUGCUGAUCAUGCAAUACAGAUUUUUUUAGAGUUCAGAGUUCGCAUCACAAUUUCCAACCUUUCAGACCCAGACAUUUUUGCAUUUGACAGGCGGAAUUCCUGCAGUUCCGGCAAACGACCGCGACAGCACUGCAGAUCAACUCGAGCCUCCGUAUGAUUUUAUCAAAAUUGUACGCUGAUCAUCUUAAUAUGACUCGAUUUGUUGCUCCUUUGAUAUGCUUGUGUUUGUGAAUGCGAUGAAGAUUCGCAGCAUGUAGUUGAUGGGUGCAAGAAAGAACCUCCGCCGUUUAGAGAAAUAAACACACAACAUCACCCUUACUCCAGGCACCGCGCUCGAAGAGCAGGAAAAGCAGCAAACCCGGCUCCGGUACGAUCUAGAAUUACUCGAGAUCGAGAAAGAGCAGGAAGUCAAACGGAAGGAGGAAAACGUGGACCAGCAGCAGCACUUACUCGACGAAAAAUCGAUAAAGGAGUCCGAGGAGCAAGAGCAGGAUAGGAUUUUAGAAAAAUUAAAGUUCGACAUCCAAAACGAGGAGUUCCAAUUGCACAAGGCCACCGCGAAGGGCGGGACGGGGAGCAGUGGUUCGAACGGCAUGAUCUCGACGGAACUGAUGGAUGAGGAGAAAAAAAAACGGGAAGUCACCAGGCUCCGGGAGGAUUUGAUCCCACCGUUAGAGUUGGCGGUGCAGGCGCUGCGCGGGGAAGUUCGAGAGCAGGAAGAAAGGAAUUACCUCGCUGAAGAGCAGUUUGAUUCCGAUUUUGACGGGGACGAUGAUCUGGGGAGCUCCGCUGGACGGGGAGAGGGGCUGAAUGAGGAUAUGGAAGGUAAAAAAAUUAUUCUUCUUUAUUGUCUGUCCACAUAAUUAAUAGGCGUCGGGGAAUGUAAUUACGGAGAUGACUUUGAAAUAUUAUUUGAAAACUGGUAACUCGCGCUUCGCGUUCGCUAUUGCGGGUUUUCAAUAACAAACGGAUGCCCUUUUUUGCCCGAGUGCCUGUAUUUAGCGGACCAAUUCUGGUGACCCUGUUACGAUUGCGCCGUCCAUAUUUCAAUCGCGCGGCUAGCACAACUGGAAGUGCGCUCGGUCGAGCUCUCUCCACCCACAUAUCUCUACCGGGCCGAUCUUGCCAUGUGGUGUGUGUGUCUGCAGGCACUGAAAGAGACCAAGCAUCGUCCAGCACCGGCGCUGCGAUGCUUGAGAGAGGUCAGCAGCAGUGUGGGCUGGUGCUCUGAAUGGCCACCCGACUGCCGGUCGGCGCCGACCGUGACUGAGAGGUCCGGGUCCGAAUCCCGGAACGCGCAUUUUUUUCUCAGCGAUUCUGGAGACCCUCUCCUCCGCUUUCCGGAUGUUGCAGUGGUUCCCUUCGCUCAGUGGUACUAGGGCGCCUGCUCCACCCCCUGUUUCAACUAUAAGAAAUUGCAAAGUCCCCGGGGGUCGUGGGCGCGGGUUCGAUCCCCACAGGGAGCGCUUUUUGCUGCGAUCUUGUUUCCACAGAACAAAUACAAGUGCCUUGAACUACUGGUGCCAUGUGUUUUCAAGAGCCUGCCUCAGAGCAUUGCUUUUCAGCGUAAAUAGAAUCAUGCGAGUUGUUGUUUUGCCCGAAUGUCUGUGUUUAGCACAGCAAUUCUGGUGACCCUCUCUUUGGCUUGCGCAGAUGUAUCACAAGUUCCCUUAGCUCAGUGGCAGAGCGCCCCCAUCACUUGAUUCAACUUUCGAUUGAAAAGCAACUUCGGGGGUGGGCGCGGGUUCGAUCCCCGCAGGGAACGCUCUUUGUUGUGAUUUUUGCACAAGAAGUACGUUGAAUUACUGCUGCCAUGUGUUUCUAUGGACCUACCGAAGAGCAUUGCAUGCUUUUCAGCGUAAUAACAGAGCGAGGAGGUGUUGUUUUUGCCCGAGUGUCUGUGUUUAGCACAGCAAUUCUGGCGACCCUUUCUUUGGCUUACGCGGGCAUAUCAAUAGUUCCCUUAGCUCAGUGGUAGAGCGCCCCCAUCACUUUAUUCGACUGCAAUUCGAAAAUGAACCUCGGGGGUGGGCGCGGGUUCGAUCCCCGCAGGGAACGGCAUUUUUGAAUGUGUAGCAAGAGAAAGACACUGGGGUCGGUGUGUUGCAUCACAAGAAGUUUGUAAUUUUUUUUUUGCGAUAUUUAUCUAAAACACGCUCUACCUACGACAGACAACAACUCCAAUUCCGCUGGGCACAACUCCUCCAUCGGGGACCGGCAAUCCAUGAAAACCAUCACCGACAUCCGCGAAUCCGGCCUGUACCAAAACCACACGCUGCUUACCAACCGGAAGAAGAAGCUGCUGAAUCGCCUGCCGAUCCAGGCGUACACCCUGCACCCGGAGCAGGCGAACAGUGACAUCUCGCAGUUGAAGCAGCAGGUAGAGUUGUUGGAUAAAAAGCUUGUCGACCAGAGAAACAAAAUCCAGGAGCAAUACAGCGAAAUCAUAGAGAACAAGAAGAAGUUCCGGCAGAUUCAAGGAUUGUAUUUGACCCCUACAAAGGAGAUGGAGUACGUUCAAAACGUGUUCCGUCGGUUUAUCGCGACCAUGCCGCCGGACUCGCAGUGCAAAUCGCUGCUGCCCGUCAUGUACAAAUUCUUCCAGAUCGAUCCACCACAACUACAAGCGUCGGUCAUGGGAACUGCGGGUGGAGGAGGAGUUGCUGCACAAGCACAAACUGCGCCCAGCGCUGCUGGGGCUGGCGGAACUGCGGCGGCUCCGAAUAGCGGCACCACGACGGCAACGACGACGCCGGUGGUCAGUACGGUGACGAGCGGAGAGGAUGUUUUGAUGAAUUCCAGUGGAGGAGGCGAAGCGGCGAAGGUGUGAUGCAGUUGUGCAGCAGAUGAGGUUUUUUGUUCCUCUUCGCAUGCUAUGUAUGGCUAUGGAUAAAACAAACAACUCCGAUUUUGUACCUGAACACGGUUAAAUCCUUUGAACGAACACGAAGAAGAAGUUCUUGAAGUACGGCACAGCUCUUUGUUGAUCCCCCGGAGCACGACCGUUAUGAAGUGCAGAAAGAUGUUGAGUCGCGA